AUGACUGACACCUCCGAUCUCAGAAAGACCAUAGACCUCUUACCCGGAGACCUAUAUGUCGAGAUCCUAAAAUCUUUCAGGAAAUUCGGUGUUUUCGGAUGUCAAAUUGCCAUCAUACGAGAGAUUGAUGGUGAAGUCGAACCUUUGGGUGUGUCUUAUCCUAUGGGUACGCAUGAUGGCGAACGGGACGUAGUGGGAGCGGACAUAUUCCCACUUGGCCGAUCGAGCCUGUUCAUCACCCUAGUAGCACUACACAAAGCACUUGAAUUGAAGGGAUACGAUGUGAACACACCCCUCAAAGAAGUCUUACCUGAAUUGGAUAUAGAGGGUGAAGGUCUACACGAAGUGAAAAAUUGCAUUGACAUCUUGAAUUUCAAGAAGUGUUCAUCCGAUGAGAUUGAUGGACCCGCCGAGACAAUCAUCGAACAAUUGACUUACAGGGAUUACGCCACUUUCGUUCAAGAGGAGAUCUUCAAGGCUUGUAACAUGAAAUGCUCGAAAUUCAAGCAUGGGGUGAUAUGGAGUAAUGGAAGAGACUUAAUCACCGAGAGAGCCUCACAAAUAGGCUUGGCCAAAGGUACUUACGAUGGCGAAGAAGUGUAUGAGAUCGCAUCAGAAGAUGAUCAGUAUGGAAAUCUGACUAUGAUAAUGAAAGGGCACAAGACCAAAUUUAUCGUUCUUUACAGGAAGGUUGAUGAGGAACGACAUGGAGGAAAGGAAGAUUUCUUGGCUUGUUUGAAACUGAGGUUGAUCGAACAUUUCUCCAAACUUGGCAUCCUAUAA